CAACACACACACUUCACGACAUCUCAUCCCAUUUGCACCGUCACCAGCACCGCUAUGGCACCAAAAAAGGUCGAACCUAAGAAACCAGAACCUAAAAAGCCAGAGCCGAAGAAAGAAGAAACCCCGGCCCCUGCUCCCGCUCCGGUCCCGGAGACCCCCAAAGAGCCCGCCCUGGACCUUAAAAGCAUAACCCUCGAAUUCACCGCCGACCAGAUCGAAGAGUUCAGAGACGCCUUCACGCUCUUCGACGAGACGCCGACCGGUGAACUAAAGAUCAGGUACGCUCAGUGCGGAGAUGUGAUGAGGGCCCUCGGUCACAACCCCACCAACGCCGACGUCCUGACCAUCCUGGGGAAGCCCAAGGCGGAAGACAUGAACACCAAAUACCUGGACUUUGAGACUUUUCUACCCAUGCUGCAGCACAUCUCGAGAGCCAAGGACCAGGGAACCUUCGAAGAUUUCGUGGAGGGUCUGAGGGUCUUCGAUAAAGAAGGCAACGGGACGGUGAUGGGCGCCGAGCUCCGCCACGUCUUGGCAACGCUCGGGGAGAAGAUGACGGAGGACGAGGUGGACCGGCUGAUGACCGGACAAGAAGACGCCAACGGCAGCAUUAACUACACAUCUUUCAUCAAGCACAUCCUCUCUGGGUGAGCUUAAGUGUGCAGAAGAAAGGAACUUGAAAUAGUAACAGUCAAAACACUGGAAAGAAAAUAUGUCUUGUUUGUGUGUGUUGGACGGCGCUGAAUAAAAGUCAUCCAAGUUUU